AUGCAAGGGGUUAUUGGUGAGGCUGUAAAUAAAGCUCAAUUAGGUUUUAUUCCAGGGAGACACAUAGGAGAUCAUAUACUUCUAGCCAUUGAACUCAUCAUAGGAUUCUUUAGGGCACACAUGUCUCUUAGAUGUAUCAUGAAGGUGGACAUAAGGAAGGCUUAUGACUCUGUGGAGUGGUCCAUCUUAGAAGCUUUAUUGCAUGAAUUUGAGUUCCCUAGAAUAUUUAUGGGCUGGAUUAUGGAGUGUGUAACAACAAUGUCAUAUGCAGUCCUUGUGAAUGCUUAUGGGUUGGCUGCUAGUAUGGAAAAGAGCAACAUUUAUUUUUGUGGUAUUUCUGAUGAGACAGAUAGAGAAUUGGUUGAUAUAGUGCAUAUGCAAAUUGGUGACCUUCCUUUUAGGUAUCUUGGGGUACUUCUUACCUCAAAGAAGUUUUCUUAUGCUCAAAACAAACCUUUAGUUGAAAAGAUCACCAAUAGAGCUCAGACCUGGAUGGCUCACUUGCUUUCUUAUGCUGGAAGACUUCAACUGAUCAAAAGUAUACUCAGUAGUAUACAACACUACUGGGCUCACAUUUUUCCACUCUCAAAGAAAAUUAUUCAAGCUGUGGAGAGGGUGUGCAAGAGGUUUUUAUGGACUGGAAGUACUGAGGAGUCUAGGAAAUCUCCUGUUGCUUGGACAAUUCUUCAGUUGCCAAAGAGUGGUGGAGGGUGUAAUUUUAUCAAUAUGCUUUAUUGGAAUAAAGCAGCAAUGCUCAAGCUCUUGUGGGCGAUUGAGUUUAAAAGAGACAAGCUUUGA